AGUGAAAGGAGAAACUUACUACCUAUUUUUGAAGUAGAUACUAGUCUGGUAUCUUUCCAAGUCAUUUUUGACAUUUGCUUGGAAUUAUGGCCAAUCCUUGCUCUCCCUCUUUCAUUAUUCUGCUCUUGCUAAUCGCCCUGUCAAUUUGUGUUGAUGCUCGACGUCUUUUGGAAAUAACAUUGCCAGAUAUACCUGAGCUUCCUAAGCCAGAGUUGCCUGAGUUGCCAAAGCUUGAAGUGCCUAAAUUUCCUGAAUUUCCUGAAGUGCCCAAAAUUCCUGAAUUGCCAAAGCUUGAACUGCCCGAAAUUCCUGAAUUGCCAAAGCCUGAACUGCCAAAAUUGCCAGAAUUGCCGAAGCCUGAACUGCCAAAAUUGCCAGAAUUGCCGAAGCCUGAACUGCCUGCCUUCAAAUUUUCCCUGAUUUUGGCCAAAGUCUUGAACUGGCCUGAACUGCCAAAAUUGCCCAAAUUGAGAUUUCUCACCAUCAGUGGCUUGCCAGAAUUGCCGAAGCCUGAACUGCCAAAAUUGCCAGAAUUGCCGAAGCCUGAACUGCCAAAAUUGCCAGAAUUGCCGAAGCCUGAACUGCCAAAAUUGCCAGAAUUGCCGAAGCCUGAACUGCCAAAAUUGCCAGAAUUGCCGAAGCCUGAACUGCCAUCAUUUCCCCGCUUGCCUGAGUUGCCAAAGCCUACAUUUCCUACUAUACCAACUGUUCCAGAGGAAAUUAAACCACCACAGUCAACUACUAGUCCUUAAACUAUACCAUCCAUGCUAUAUAAGCUUCGAUUUAUGAUUGGCUAUAUUUGAGUCAGUGUUUUUUCUUGAGAGUCUAAUUAUGUAUUGUACACAUUCUUAAAUUGUACUAUGUGUUGGUUCAGUUCAAAGUUUGUAUUUUCUACUUAUUUUGUUUUAAGUUACACAUUAUGUAUGCUUUGAGUUAAUUUGCUGUAUAAGAAAUUAUUUCAGCUUAUUCAUAUGGUAUAAAUGAGAUGUUAUACUUUA